AUGUCAGACUCAAACUUAGAAUUCAGAUCAACUCAAGAUCCAGCUAAAUUGAAGGAGCUAUUCACAUUAUGUGGCAGUGAAUGGGGCGGACCAUUGGAUGCUUCGGAGUUUGGUGAAAUUCAAACCCAAAGCAUUGAGGAGUAUAUUAAAAGUGGUAUAAAGGUGGAAGGGUUUUAUAUCGAAGAUACAGCUAAAGGAUUGGUUGUUGCCACGACAAUAAUAAAGCAUUUGAAAGGGUUGUACAAACCUGCUGAUAGAUCGAGUUUGAUCUCUUCGACACCAGACCCAUCCUUAUUCGGCAUAAAGAACAUCACAUCUUUGUUAGUGAGUUUUGUCUUCACCCAUCAAGAUUACAGAAAGCAAGGGUUGGCUGAAAAAUGCAUAUCUCAAGCAAUUGCAACCACAGAAAAAGAAAUUGUCAAUGAACAUUUAAAAAAAAGUGACGACUCUGUCAAUGACAACUUUAGGAAAAUGACACUUGACAAUUUUACUGGUGAGGUUGAUCAACAAUUGGCAAAUUACUAUCUUGGAAAAGAGUACGUUUGGUUUUUGUUUUCUGGUGUACAAACUUAUUACAAACGAUUUGGAUUCAAGAGUUACCCUCUCGAUUUUUAUGAAAUUCCAAUUCAGGAAUUAACCGAGGGACAAGAGACUGUUUUGAAACAAUUAAUUGAGGAUCUGGAGCAACAGAACGAACAGCAACUCGAUGCAAAGUCAAAAAUUAUGGGGAAAAGGGUCAAAUUGUUAAACUGGAACAACGAGGAAGAUAGGGAUGUAAUUCAAUUUAUUUUACAAACAAAGGAAUUGGAAAUACUCUCAGAGUUGAACAAAUUAAGCUAUCAUUCUGAAUUACAAGGUGAUAGGAAAUCCUCGACUUCGCUCACCAAUAUGUCCAAUAUUUUGUCAAUGACUAAGAUUGGAUCCCAUAGCACCUUGUCGGCAAUAGGUGAAACAACAGCGGGAAAACCAAAAGGUUUUGAAGAUGCUUCAAGAAGAAAAUCUUCUGCAUUGAAUCAAACAGUACCAAAAUUUGCUAUCAAGCCUUCAUUUGCUGAUUAUAGGAGUAAGGUUGUUGGUGCUUUAGGCUAUGCCAAGUCUGAACAAAGCAAGACAUUCACCGAAAUUCAAGGAGCUAUUAUUACAAACGACUUACAAAGAAGGUCGUAUUACAUUUUGUGGAACUCGUUAAAAGGCGAGUUUUUCAUUACAGGUAUGGGUGAAAUCAUUUAUGAAAGUGUGUUACCAUCGGCCAAUCCACGUAGAAGGGGAUCGUCAUUCACAGGACUCAACGAUUUGGGUGGCUACAAUUUCCAAGAUUUGGAUAUUUUGAUUUCUGCAGCUUUGUACACGGCUAAGAACCGUAGUGCUAAGUUUGCGAAUGUAUAUGUUUCAACCCAUGACUUGCCUAGUGAUAUACCCGAUGCAGUUAUGCAUGAUUUUUUCAUCAACUACCUUCCAUUCUCAUCCUACGCUCUGGAUGAAUAUAAAGAAAAGAGGAAGGAAGCAAAGGCAACAAGUACCGAAGAGCACAGGGUUGAGCUUCUCUCUGAUAAUGGUAAGAAAGUUGGUGUUUUGCCAAUGGUGAAACAAUUUGGAAGCGACAAGAGCGAAUUUGAGAUUGAUUGGUUAGACAAUGGAAUGUGGUGUUGGGGUUGA